AUGAUUCUCAUUUUGGCCGGAUAUUACGCAGUGGACAUACCCGAGCAAUCAUCGCCGAUUCGGCCAAGAUUACUCGAGGAGGCAACAACUAUCAUGUUGUCCAGAUUGAAAACCACACAUCACCAAAUCUUCUUGCGACAGAUAUCCGACUUCCCAUCCGAGCCUUUACCGGGGGCCAUCCUCCCUCCCCUAAUGUUAAUAUUAAAUCUCAGAGAUUGGCUAGCACUAGCGCUCACAGACGCUGUGGACACUUGCGACACAGAAGACCACGCCGCCGUCAAAGCAAUGCUGCGACGCGUCACCAACGCCAACCCUGAAGCCCUCGCCAAACCUGCACCAGCAACAGCCGGAACGGCAACUCGUGCCAGCCUGGUGCCCUACGGGGACGAGAGUGAAACCGAGAUUUAG